AUGGAUAAAGAUCGUAAUAAUUAUUGGCAUAUGCGCACACCUUACGAUACAUCUGUCGUGAUAAGAAGCUACCAUGAAGAACUCUCAUUGGGCAAUCUCUUUCAAUUCUAUGCCAACACAUUGGUGGGUGCUAACAUUGCUGGAGCUCUUGUCCAUUCGAUGGAUGUUAAUCCGCUGCGUCUGUUGGCCAAAGUUACAGACAUGUCGUUGCAUCAAAUGUCUCCUGAACCGUCAGCAAAGUCUCUUUAUGCUGGCAUCUCCACGGUGCUGUUACGUGGUUUCCUAUUCAACUCGCUGCGCGUCACGCUCUACGAUGUGUUUCGCCGCCAAUUCUUCUACAUGGAUGCGAUCAACGAGGAGAUGAUCAGCAUUCCAGGUGCACUCGUGAGCGGCAGUAUUGCUGGUUGCAUUGCUCAGGCACUUUAUCAUCCCUUGGAGCACUUACAUCGUGAAGCAUUCAGUUGGACGAGAGCCAUCAAAACCAUACAAAGCAAAUCGCUGUGGCACGCAAUGCCACUGAGUUGCACGCAAGCCUGCCUCUUGACUUUGGGCGAUGUGGCGGCCUACGAUCUUAGCAAGCAAGUGCUAAGGAAGCAACUGCAGCUACCGGAGAAUCUAACGCUUCAUUUACCCGCCGCCUUGUUCGCCGGACUGGCAGCCAGUUUGCUCAGCCAUCCAGUCGAGGUGAUGCGCUUGCAUCUCUUGCAACAACCGUUGAAUGAGCGUGGCAAGAGAAGCGUCGAGUAUCUGCUCAAGUUUAUGCAGGAAGAAGGUUCUUCGAAACUGUUCAAAGGACUCUUGCCAGCCUGCCUCAGAUCGAGCUCUUGGUCUGUGAUAUUUUGGCUGUGCGUGGAGCAGCUACGUGAAUGGGAGGGUCAAAGGGGUUUCUAA